UUUGCCCAGUGUCAUAUUUUCUUGGAUUUUUUCCCCUUUUUUUCUAAAUUUAUUCAAAGCGAAUGUGGCACAGUUGUGUAGAACGGUUCCCGAUAGUUUUCAGUGCGUGUGUACGGACUGAUUUGACCACUUGAAAGUGUGGAAUAAGGUUUACCAACAGCUUUGAUAGGAAACUAGUAUUUGUAUUCACCACACGAACUCAAAGCUAGUGUCGAGAAUGUCUUCUUCAAGCAUCUGCUACAAGUGCAACCAGCCUGGACACUUUGCCAGGGAGUGCUCUACGCCCGGGGGACGUGACUCAGGUGGCAGAGGAUUUUCUGGAGGUUAUAGCAGGGGCCGCGACAAGUGCCACAAGUGCAACAAGGUCGGUCACUAUGCUCGCGACUGCAAAGAGGAGCAGGCGCGUUGCUAUCGUUGCUAUGGCGAGGGCCACUUUGCUAAGGACUGUCAUCAGAGUCCUGACAUGCCGUCGUGCUAUAACUGCAGGAAGCCUGGUCACAUUGCCCGGAGUUGCCCAGAAGGGAGCAGCGACCGUAUGAGCGACACUUGUCACAGCUGUCAAAGACCUGGUCACAUUUCCAGGAACUGUCCUGAAAACUCGAAGUCUUGCUACUUGUGCCACAAGUCUGGUCACUUGAAGAGGGACUGUCCGGAGAACCAGGACUACAGGAAUUAGUAAAUGAAAAACAAAGUUGCGCAUCGACACUUAUAAUAGCAGAAAAGGUCUUGUCAAGCUUCUGAGUCUUGUUAUCAAAAAUCACCCUUAUGAAUUUAAAGUUUUGUGUUUCAGUUUCGUUUUGAGUAGACUAAUGUAUUUUUUGUUGUUGAACUUUGUUAGGAAUCACCUUUUGUAACAAAAAAUUCUGACAUUUUUCAGAAGUUUGAUAGAUUUUAAACUAGCAGCUUUCCUGUUUAGUUGUACUUUAAUUUAAUUUUAGCUAAGGUUGGGCCAACUUUAUGUCCCCAUGUUAAUGUACUUUUAGUUUCAUAUUUUAUGCAUUCACAUCAAAAAGUGAGUGUUUUUUCAAACAUUUAAUAGUGUGAAUCAAAGAACACUUGAUAAAAAAUAUAUUAAUAACAAUUAAACAAAUGAUUAUAUAACUUUUCGUUUUUUGUUUUACUUUAUCAAAAAAAAUUUGAUUCAACAUUUUAAAGUUGUCACCUGUUCUUUUUCUGUUUUGUUUGUUUAUUUUAAAUGAAAUGCUGGAAGAGUUGUAGGCUACAUUGUUAGUGAUAUAAAUCAAACUAAAGCUUUAACAUGUUCAAAGGUGCUCUUUGAUAAAGAAAAAAAAUUUAAAUUGUUGAAUUAAAUUCUAAUCUUUUAAUUCAAAGAAUGAUUUGUUAGAUGUUUAAAUACCUACAUAUUUCCAGAAUCUUAAGACUCAACGCGUCCUCGACAGAUUUAAAAUAAUUUUUGCCUUUUUGCAAAGGCUUUAUUUUUGUAGAAUAAUAGAGUUGAAUAGAAUAAGGAAUAAUUAAUGCGAAAAACAUAAUCUUCAAGGAGUGCUUGAAAAAGGAGCUCUGCCAAUAAUUGAUGGGCAAGUUGGUUAAAAUGAGAAUCUGCUUUAGAGGAGCACUAUGACAUGAUUUUAGAAAAAAAAAUACAUAAAUUGGUCUAAUUUUCUUAUGUUCUUGUUCCUAUAAAUAAAUUUGUCAUGUAUUUUUGUCUAAAAACAUUGAAUACCUACUUCAUUUAAAAGUACUUAAAUUCACAGCUAAAGGUUAUUCAUAAAUAUUUAUUAAACUACAUUAUCACACCAGAAUCAGAAGACAUAAAUUUGAUCAGCCUCGCAAGAAAAAUAUAAUGAAAUUCAAUGCUUAGCCAAAAAUACGCGGCAUUUUUCUUGGCCUUGACUUUAUUACAAUAUUUAAAACAGUAUAGUUGUAUUUAAUAAGCUGGAAGUUAAACAGGAUUGUAUUUUUAAUAAAGGUGGUGAUAUGGAA